UUGGCAACAUUAUUGUAAAGAGACGUCUUCGUUUGGGUGAAGAGGUGGUUGCGGACGGACAACCAGUUUUUUGUACUCAAAUAAGAUUAAUUAACAUCAUAUUUACCACAAUGAUAGGUAUUUUAAUAGCUAUUCGAAAUUCAGUAUCUAAUGAGAAAGAACAAUCUAAUUAAAGCUACUGUUUCCAGACUGUCAAUAUUGACAAGCAGUUCAGGAUGUCUAAGCGUGGAGCAGACGAUGGCGGCAACGGCAGUGGCCAGCCCCCGAUCAAAAAGGUUCAUUUUGAACCUCACCUCAUUGGACCAGUAUCCACUCUGGAGGAAAUGGACAUCAAAGUCCUUCAAUUUCAGAAUAAAAAGUUAGCUCAGAGAAUAGAACAACGCCACAGGUGUGAAGCAGAAUUGCGGGCUCGGAUUGAACAGCUAGAGAAGCGACAAACUCAGGAUGAUGCCGUACUGUGUGUUGUCAACCGAUACUGGAACUUGCUGAAUGAAGAUAUCAGGGUGCUGCUGCAGAGAUUUGACGCUGAGACUGCUGAUGAGUCGGAAAAUAAAAAUGAAAAUGAAGCUACUACAUCAUUCCUAAUGCAAUUAUCUACAUGGGACAAGGAGGAACUGGACGCCCAGUUAGCCAACAGGGUGCAAGUGAGCAAGCGAGCAGUAGCCAAGGUUCUGCAGGCGUUUGAUCGGCUGCAACAAAGGAAUGAGAAGAUAUGGAGGGCUAUUAAAGGAGAAGCCGAAGAGGGCGCCCCAUCUCUGGACGAAACCAUCCGCGCGACCAACGUCGAGGUGACGGCAGAAAGCCGCCGCCUGCAGGCGCAGUGCACCGCUCUACAUGAGAAGCACCAUGCCAUGACGCUCAGAGUCGCUCAGCUGCAAGAUGCUGUGAAUAGUCGGGAUACAGAGAAUGCAGAGCUGAAGAACCAGAUUGAUGAUCUCCAAUACGAGUUGUUGAAGAUCCGCUCCCGCAACGACAAGCUGGAAAACCACCUGGCGGAGGCCAUAGAGAAGCUGAAGAGCUACCACCAGUCCGGCGCCGCCGCCACCGCCGCCGCGCCCGCGCCCGCCAUCUCCACCAUCGCGGCCGCCAAGCUCGAAGACAUUGCUGCCGAGCUGGAGGAGCAAAGGGAACUGGCUAAUAAUCGCUUGGCAGAGUUGGAUCGUCUGCAUAGGCAGCAUAGAGAUACGUUGAAGGAGGUUGAGAAGCUGAAAAUGGAUAUCCGACAACUGCCAGAAUCGGUGAUAGUGGAGACGACAGAGUACAAGUGUCUUCAGAGCCAGUUCUCGGUGCUGUACAACGAGUCCAUGCAGAUGAAGACCGCGCUGGACGACACGCGGCUGCAGCUGCAGAACGCCAAGAACCUGCACAUGCGCCAGAUAGAGAUGAUGGAGAGUGAGGAGCUAGCCAGACAAAAAGCCCUCAGAGCCGAAAUGAUCCAACUAGAAGAUGUUCUCGGGCAACUGCGGAAAGAGUACGAGAUGCUCCGCAUAGAGUUCGAGCAGAACUUGGCCGCCAACGAACAGACCGGCCCCAUCAACAGGGAGAUGAGGCAUCUCAUCACGUCGCUGCAGAACCACAAUCAGCAGCUCAAGGGGGAGGUGCAUCGGUACAAGCGGAAAUAUAAGGAUACUAGUCAAGAGUUAAACAAGGUGCGCAAGGAGCUGGAGGAAGCGGGCGCGCGGCCGAGCACGACGGCGGAGGCGCACGACGAGAAGCCGCUCGCCGUCAAGAAGGAGGAGCCCGAUCCAGAGGGCGAGGAGGCGGCGGGCGGCGCGGCGGAGGCCAAGUCGGCCGCCGCCAAGGACCACUCCCGCGCCCGCCUGCAGGAGCAGGACCUGCUCAUCAAGGACCUCAAGCAGCAGCUCAAAAAAGCAGUGAACGAGCAGAAAGAGCUGAAGCUCCUAUUAGACAUGUACAAAGGCGUGAGCAAGGAGCAGCGCGACAAGGUGCAGCUCAUGGCGGCCGAGCGCAAGGCGCGCCAGGAGUUGGAAGACCACCGCCAGAAGACCAAGAUGAUGCAGGAGAGCAAGCGCGAGCGGCGCCUGGCCGACGAGGACGCGCUGCGCAAGAUCAAGCAGCUGGAGGAGCAGAAGUACGAGCUGCAGAAGCAGCUGUCCUGCGCGCGCCCCAACGCCGACCCGCUGCACUUCUCCAGGCCCUUCGCCGGCUCGCAGGAAGAAGAAGCGUUACUAAACGAGAUGGAGGUGACCGGGCAAGCGUUCGAAGACAUGCAAGAGCAGAACUCGCGCCUCAUCCAGCAGUUGCGAGAGAAGGACGACGCCAACUUCAAGCUCAUGUCGGAGCGGAUCAAGGCCAACUCGCUGCACAAGCUGCUGAGGGAGGAGAAACAGUUGCUGCAGGAAAAGGUGGUGACGCGGGACCAGCAGAUCGAGUCGAUGGGCGCGGUGGCGCGGCGGCUGGAGGAGAAGGAGCGGCUGCUGCAGACCACGCUGUCCGCCGUCGAGAAGGAGCUGCUGCUCCGCCAGCAGGCCAUGGAGAUGCACAAACGGAAGGCCAUCGAGUCCGCGCAGUCCGCCGCUGAUCUCAAGCUGCACCUCGAAAAAUACCACGCACAGAUGAAGGAAGCUCAGCAGGUGGUCGCGGAGAAAACGAGCGCGCUGGAGGCGGAGGCUUACAAAACUAAGAGAUUACACGAAGAGCUUGCGGUGCUGCGGCGCAAGGCAGAGCGCAUGAAGAAGAUGGAGCAGGCCGGCAGCAGCAUGGACGAGGUGCUGCUCGAGGAGAUACGAGAGUACAAGGAGACGCUCACGUGUCCUUCAUGCAAGGUGAAACGCAAGGACGCCGUACUAACGAAAUGCUUCCACGUGUUCUGCUGGGACUGCCUGCGCACGCGCUACGAGACGCGCCAGCGCAAGUGCCCCAAGUGCAACGCGGCCUUCGGCGCCAACGACUACCACCGCCUCUACCUCUCCACCUAGGCCAGCGGCUCUAUCCCAUGGGCUACGUGAGGCCGGGGGUGUGGCAGAACUCUACAGAUGUCGCGAAGUACGAGGGAAGUAAAAGCGUAGACUGCGUAUGUAAUGGCAAAAUAAUUAAUUUUACAAGUGCAACGCAUUCGGCGUCUACGAUAACCACCGCAUCUACCUCUCCACCUAGACGAGCGGAGGACGAUCAUGGCUUAGGUAAGGAAGGUAUCGCAGAUCUGCUAAGAGGUAUCUAUUGGCUGUAUGCGAAGUGCGAGGGAAGUAAAAGCGUAGACACGGAGUGUUAAAAAAAUUAACUGUGUGCUUAAAUUGUCACAUUAGUGAAUGUCUGUCAACUGUUAAAUAACUAAGGAAUGCAAAGACUCUUAAACUCGUACACUUGCACGUAGCUAUGCGCCGGUGGAAAUUGGGCUAACUGAGCGGUUCAUCGCAACCUACUUGAGAACACUGUCACACAACAGUAGUUGAGAAGUUGAUAGGAGCUAUGACUGCUAUGAUUUAGUCUUGCAGUUCGGGCGUGCGGUAACUUUCGAAAAAGACUACGCGCUACGUCUGUGACCGGAACAGCGUUAGUACUGUUUGAGCGCCGUAGUCUAUAUUCUAUACUGUAUUUAAAUAAAAGUAAACAAACAAUUUGUACAUUUUCGGAUAGUUGUAACAUUUAUUGGUUAACCAACCAAAUACAAAACCGCCUGCAUCUGUCACUGAACGAUGUAAUGUUUCUACCUGCCCUCAACUGGCUUAAGGAGCGAUUUGUGGGUAGGUUUUGUUUACUUUUAUUUAAAUACCUAAAGAUACAGAGUAUAGUAUGACAGACGAAUUUGGCACUUGGCGUAAAGAAGUUCUAUCAGCGCCUAUACAUGUUAAACAAUAUGCCACAUUACAUAAUAUUGGUUGUGUGCUCAAUUGAUCUCGGUGAAAUUGUUUAUUUAUUUACAACAAGAAAUAUAAAAGUGACUACGGCGCUCAUGCAUUCAAGUAGCAUCGUUAGGUAUAUUGUAAGAACAAAUAUUAUGUAUUUAAAAUAUCGAAACACCACACUUGAUAUUAUUGACACGCAAAUUCAGAUGUUACUUGACAGAACUUCGCGAUUUAAAUAAGGAAUGUCAUUGGUAAGAAGUCUAACGAUCACAAGAUGUAUUUAUAGCUAAAUCAAAUCAUUGUAGUUGCGAAAUACUUUUUAUUCUUGUUGAUUGGAUAUCAAUUUUAUUAAUCUGCUUCUAUUUGAGUAGAGUCAGGGUCCUGUCAGAGUUAGUGAUCGUUUUUGAAUGAGUGCACAAGUAAGAAAUCUCAGAUCACGCAUUAAGGUUAAAUUGAAAAUUGUAGCGAAUGAAAAUAAAAUCUGGUAGUUCUAAUAUUUUCAACCGUCAUUUUCAGUGAAAUCAUAAACGACGACGAUCACCAACUUUGACAGGUUCAUUGUUUAGUAUAAGCAGGCAACCCGAUUAAUUGUAUAAAUAUCUGUAAAUUAAUUUAAUCAACUGAAAGGUAUGAAGUUUAGUCCACUGAUGUAUGUAGUUAUCACUGUAGGAUGACGAAAUUUCAUACCUUUAUGUUAACUUUAGUGGUAAAUAAUUAUGUAGGUUCAAAACUACUUUAGUUGUAUUCGUUUUGACGUAUGUGGACUAUUAUGUCAAACAUUAUUGCUAUAAUUUAUUGUGUAUGUAAGGAAUGUUUAGAAUGUCAAUCGGGAUAUAUUGAUAUUUAUACCGAAUUUCAAUAGUGGCUCUGCCGUCCCGACGACGCGUGCGUCUUCGACGCACUAAACUAUGAAAAUGUCUGUUAUAUCCAUAUACUUAGUAUGCACCCGACCUGAGUAUCACCUUAAUAUACACCUGUAUCUUUUAUGGUGAUGAUUGUACGUAGCGUCAUUUUAAAAUGUACUUUCUUAAUAGUACACUCAGUCCGCCUCACUCUUUGUUAUUUAAUACCCGUAACAUAGGCGAUAAAUUGUAAUAAGCGACACGUGGGUUUAAAUAAUCAUUAUUGCGUAAUCUUUUUGCUGGAAACUACUGCACAUUAACAAAAAUGUACAGUUAUAUCGGUGGAAUGGGUUAAAUAAUGUUCGAUAUGAAUUUACAAUAUAACUUAUUAUAUACUAAAAACAAAUUGUAUAUUUUGAAAGCAAAUAAAACAAACCUAAAUACAUUUUAUAGUUUUAAGUGAAAAAAUCGGUGAUUAUGAGCCACAGUAUUAUAAUAAACGACCAUUUAUUGUUUUUAAAUUAUUGUUAGGCUCACCAUGCUAGAUCGAUUUUGGGUAUAAGAUUGGAAAGGAAGUUGAUGUUAAGAUAUAAAAAAAUAGGCACGAAUAGAUCUUUACUCGUGGUAGAAGAUCAGUUUACGACAGUUUUAGAUCUUUUCGAUUCCAGACAUUAAUUCAUGACUGAUCUGUGUAAGGGUGGCAUUCCAUCUGUCCAAUAUCUUGGUCCAAUGUGUAUUUGCGUCUUACAUUUUGCUUAUUGAGAGAGUGAGACGCAAUGCACAUUGGAUAUUGAUAUUGGAUAAAUGGAAUAUCUUUAUAAAACUUUUUUCUAAUAUUAAAUGAACAGAUAAAAUUGUAAUAUUGUUAAUGAAUAAAUAAUAAUAAAUAAAAACUCAGUUGCAUAAAUGUGAAGUAACAAAGGUUUACCAUGAGUAAGGUCUCGGCUUAUUUUUUGCGUAAUCGGCGAAGCUAAGGAAAAUUGAAAUGACUAGUAUUUAAGUACUCUGAUUAGAAAUAUUGCCCUCGAGUGAAAGGUUUAAGUAUUAGGGCAUUCUAGAAUUAAAUGUCGGUAUUGUAUCUAUUGGUGUCUGUCACGGACUCGGUUUAUUUAUAUACUUAGUUUACUCUGUGUAAAUGCCGUAGUAGAUUGUGUUAUCUGGCAUAUAAAACCAUGUCUUGUGAUAUCCACGUCGCUAUCAAAAAAGCGAAAACUAUCCAUUUGUUUUUUGCGCACGAAUUUUUAGCUAUAUAGAAUAACGCAAUAUUAUUUACUUACGAGUAUACAUUUUUGAGUUUUCUCUCAGAAAUUCAUUUUUGGAUAAUUUUUUAAUAGUUUGUCAAUAGGAAAUCUACACGGAAUCUUUCCUAGCUAGGAUGUAGUGUAAUAUGUUGACAAAAUAAUUUGUAAAUCCAGUGUAGACGAGAAAAGCCAGGUAAGUAAUAGACAAAUACCAAUUGAUCCACUUGUACAAAUAUAAAAUACGGUGAUUUUAAUAAAAGUAUCAGUUUGACAACUGGUGAUUUUGUAGGUCUUGUUUAGACCGAUUAAAAUUGAAUUGCCUAUCAAGAUAAUUGGGUAAGGCGUUGGUACCCGUUGAGUAAUGCGGUAAGCCCCAAGCAUGAUCUAACUUAAGUAGCAUACUGAUAGACCCUGUGCACACUGGCGUUUCUGUCCGGCGGUUCUUCGUCGAUUAUGUCCUAAUGCGUACAAAGUCGAACCAUCGACACCGGAGCGUGUGAAAUCAGAAACUACAGUAUUCACGGGCUCUUAACCGACUCGCUGCCAACUUUUAUUUUGAAAUAAUUUCUAGACGCGUCUGACGUGUCUCGGCCCGCGAGUCGGUAGCAUGAGCACUAUUAUUUGAAGUUUCAUUCCUUAUUUUGUAAUAAGUGCCCAUUUAUUUAUGAACUACAUGAUGCAGGCGAGUCCUUCAAUUGCAUUUCGCGAUCUUGCGGCUGGCACACGUAUUUAUUGAUGUUGUAUAUUAGACUUAUCAUGAAAUCGAACAAGUGAAUUUGGAUUUUACUGUUUUGAAGAUGUAUUUAAUAAUUAUAUUGUAUAGUUAAUGAGAUGAAAGGUGUGCGUGGGAUGAUAUGAGAGCGAUGGUAUGUCGUCCUAAUGUUAGAUAGGGAUACUUAAUAUGUGUAUUCAUAAUAUUCGAUGUUCGCAGCCCACUGACUGAUAUAUCUGUAAUAUACGUUUAGGGUACUUUUUGUUGGGCAAACGGUUCUAUUAUAAUCACCUUAUCGUUGCCUACUGUUCCUUCUUACGUUACUGUUUCUGAAUUGUAAUACGUUUUAAUCGUUUUGCCAAUUAAUGUGUCCAUACACUACGUAAGUGAUAAAACUAUUAUUAUGACAAAGUAUUUACUAUAAUCGCAUCAUUUAAUUCCAUCACUUGGCUUGUCUCAUUUUAGAAUAAUGGCAAAAUAUUCACAUAAAUUAUAAAGGAACAGUCUUUAAAAACUUUUUACAGUACAUAUGGUGCUACUUUACCGCAAUAGUGCAAAAAUUGGCAUAUUACGUUACUGUGUCGAACAUUUAAAGGGCCAUAUGUACUGUAAAACGUUGUACGAUACACGUGCGAAUAGGUAAUUCGCAACUCGUGUCGAUUUAAAACACUCCCUUCGGUCGUGUUUUAAUUUAUCGCCACUCGUUUCGAAUUUCCUAUUUUUCGCACUUGUAUCGUAAUGUACUAUUUAAUACUUGUUGAAAGUACACAUUACAUAAAAUAUGAAAACGAAAUAGAACUGCAAUGUAUCUCCACAGUUUUUUUUUUCUGUGGAGGACAGAAAUACUUACUUUAUUUUUUUUAUCAGGAAAACAGAUGUACAGUCGAGUUCAUAAAUAUGUAUACAUUUCUUAACCUUAAUCAAUUGCAAUAAGGUGAAAAAAUGUAUACAUAUUUAUGAACUCGACUGUACCUACACUUGUCCAUAAUUUUGCUGUCUUAAUUUAUAAAUUCUAAUUGUGUUACUAACCAGUUUAUUUCUCUCAUAUUAUCUACUGUUAUAUAUGCAAAUUGUUGUACUAAUCUCUGAAUUAACUCAUAUUUCCGCCCAGGUUUGUUCAGAUUAAAGUAUGAAAUUGUAACACGAUAUAUUUUAUCAGCAUUAUCAUACUUAUAUUUACAGUAAAAAAAAACUAGCUAAUGACCCUUAGAAGUGAGUCAGAAUGGCGGGUGUACCUAAAUAAAAAUAAAUGAAAAGCAUACCAUAUUUUUGUACCUAAUUUGUACUAUUUAGUACCUCCGUUAAAAAAAUUGUACCUCACGGUACAUAAAGUUAUCAUCAAAAAACAGUAAAAAGGCUAGGCGCCAGUUCAAAGAAAUCUUCCUAAGAAAAAUCAUUUUUAAGACAUGAUUUUCUGAGUUAUUUAAACGUAACAGAUUAAACAUUAAAGGUACUAAAUCCUGGCAUAAUAAAAAUAAUUGUACCUUAGCGUUUUUUCUUAAAAAUGAGAUCGAUAACUUGAAAAAUGAUAACGCCUGCGAAAUUGUAAUAGCAAGAAAAAUAUAAAUGAGUAAAACUUGGAAACCUCAAAUAAAAUGGCUCAUAUUAUAAUUGAAUAUGAAGGAACAAAAAUUUGGCUUUUAUAGAAUUUAUCAAUAACCACGGGAAUAUAGCGUAAUAAAGUACACCCGCUAUUCUGACUGUCAGGAUGGCGGGUGUAGUGUUUUUUGGUGAUAACUUUAAGUACCGUGAGGUGCAAUUUUUUUUCAAGGGAGGUACUAAAUAGUACAAAUUAGGUACAAAAAUAUGGUAUGGUUUUCAUUUAAUUUUAUUUAGGUACACCCGCUAUUCUGACUCUCACCCUUAGAAACGCUGAGCAAUCAGAAAAAAAAGAACUAGUGGAAAAUUUUUAACAAUUAUAAAUGUAAUAUUAUGUUAAUGGAUAUGUCAAAUAAAUGUCUCAAACAUAAUCA